CCCGUGCUUAACCGCAUAUCCUCUCUUUUCCUUUGAUCGUGCGGUGCCCUUGUAACCCGAAUCUUACUCAAAGAAGAUGACUAACCCACCCGCAGGAGCAAAGCGUCCAAGGGAUGAGCCCGACACUCGCAACAACCACAAGCGGCCACGCUCCCGCUCACGAGACCGAAGAGACGGCCAUGUAAGGAAUGGAGACGGUCGACGUUAUGGAGGGAAGCCUGGAUCCAGUAGAAGAGAGAGCGGCAGGGAUAGACGGUCCGACUCAUGGCGCCCCUCGGAACAUCGAGAUACGGAGAGGGAUAGAGAUAGGCGCGACGACCACCGCAGACACGAACGGCGUCGCUCUCGCUCUCGAGAACUCAGCCACCGGAGGAGGGAUGGUGAACAAGGGAAAAGUCACGCACGACGCAGUCCUGCUGGCUCUACGCGCGACAGACGUUCCCCGGGGCUGUCACUCGGAACAGGAUCCGCAAAACACGACUCGGACAAGGAAGAAGGCGAAAUUUCGCCUCAGCCGAGCACGCGCCACGACUCUGCCGCACCCUCCACGCGCGGCGGUUCAUCUGCACCUGUCCCUCCCCCUCCUAUAUCUCUUUCCAAGGCCCAAUCAUCCCAAUCAUCCCAGCCUCCUCCGCAACUCCCAAAGCCUGCAGAGCCCGAAACAGAACUAGAGCUUGAACUCCCCGCCCAGUCCAUCGAGGAGCAACUCGCAGCCCGUCGUGCGCGUCGCCAGGCCAUCCUUGCCAAGCACGCGGGUCUUUCUAGCACUGACCCAAGCGCAAACGCAACCCCUGGUACCGCAACAGGAACAAGCAGCAGUGCGGUCCAGCCGCCUCCCUCGCUUUUACCCGUAUCUGACAGUCGUUCCGCGUCGCAGCUCCCCAGCUCAGUAGCAUCUCCCUCCGUGUCCGUCCCUCCACCGAGCGGUUUCCAGAGUAAACGCGACACCCCUUCCCCCGCCCCAGAGUCAGGCGACACAGGAGGUGCAUUCGAGCUCGCCAAAGACGGAGAAGAAGAAGAGGCCCGUGCCCAAGCUCGAGUACAAGAAGCCCAGGACGGGACGUCUAUGCAAAUUUCGGCUGCCGAUUACGACCCCAGCCUUGACCGACGUGAAGACGAACAUAGACGCGUAUUGAAGGACGAACCGAUGGCUGUAGACCCCGUCAUCGUAGAGGACAUCGAGGAGACCGAGUAUGUCGAGGAAGAGGAGGAUGACGUUGACGAUAUGUUUGCGGUUGCUACGAGAGAGAAGCCCAAGAAGGUGAAGAGAGUCGCUCAAGUGAAACCUGCCGCUCCCGCGCUUAUCACUACCACUCUCGACACUGCCGCUGAUCCGGAGGGAUACUACUCCGUCAUCCUUGGAGAACAGCUCGACGGCGGGCGGUAUCAGGUAUUCUCAUCCAUCGGCAAAGGCAUGUUCGCCAAUGUCGUUCGGGCUCGCGUACUUCAACCCGAGCCGGGCGAACCGGCCAACAAGGAAGUUGCGAUCAAGAUCGUACGCGCUCAGGAAUCGAUGUAUCGCGCAGGGCAGAAAGAGGUGCAGAUCCUCAACAAGCUGAAGCAGGCUGACCCAGAAGACAAGAAGCACGUCGUUCGGCUUGAGCGGACGUUCGAGCACCGCGGACAUCUGUGCUUGGUCUUCGAGUCUAUGAGUAUGAAUCUUCGAGACGUCGUCAAGCGAUUUGGCAAGGACGUUGGUUUAAACAUCAAGGCGGUGCGGGCGUACGCUCACCAGCUAUUCCUCUCUUUGAGUUUACUCAAGAAGUUGAAUAUUAUGCACGCCGAUAUCAAGCCUGAUAAUAUCCUCGUCAAUGAGCAGAAGACGGUGCUCAAGCUGUGCGAUUUGGGCUCCGCAUCCGACGCAGCGGAGAAUGAUAUCACGCCUUACCUCGUCUCGCGGUUCUACCGUGCCCCCGAAAUCAUCCUCGGAGUACCCUACGACCCCGCGCUCGACGUUUGGUCGAUUGGGUGCACCCUAUAUGAGCUGUACACGGGCCGCAUCCUCCUUCCUGGGCGUUCAAACAACCAGAUGCUGCUGCUCAUGAUGGAUCUCAAGGGGCGGUUCAACACCAAAAUGAUCAAGAAGGCCAAGUUUGGGGACGUGUACUUUGAUGAGAUGGGCGCGUUCCAAAGUCUGGAGGUGGAUCGUGUGACUGGGGCGAACGUGGUGCGCAAAGUGCACGUCUCAAAGCCAGCGCGGGACCUUCGCGCACGGCUGAUGCCGCCCGCGGCCGUGAAGAUGAAUGAUGACGAAAGCAAGCUGCUGGCGUCAUUCAUCGACCUGCUCGACAAGUGCCUCGCGCUCGAUCCUGCACGGCGUAUCACGCCCAAGGAAGCGCUUAUCCACCCGUUUAUCCGUGGAUGACCCCCCUCAGCGGGCGCUGCAUUUGGAUAGGAUGAUACGGAUGACGAACGAAUAGAAGAAAGUGUAUAGAUGCAGGUGGGUGAUAUGAAGUGGGAAGAGCACGAGAGCUAAGAAUACGUGCGAGUCGCGGGCAUCAUUCUUGGGGUCAGCAGCAGCGCUCUCAUGACCUCUGUUCGCCUUAUCCCUUCCCCUUUACUAAUUGUUAGGUAUCUUUGUAUUCUAUUUUCAAUCUAUC